AUGUAUAAAAAAAAAAUCAAAACAACGGAAAUUGUUAUCGAAUCAAAGAGAGGUGGGAGAUGGAAUUCGAGAAACGCUCGAUCGGAUUGGAAGGGAAAUAGGAAUCAAAUAAAUUCAAAGAAUUCUGGAUUACAAAAGAGUGGAAAUAGAAGGGGAAUCGGAGGAAAAGGAAGAACAAAUGUGAUGAAAUACACUAACCGAAACGCCCAUCGCGAAGAGUCGAGAAAAGAGGAAAGGGAUACCGAGAAAAAGAAGGAGGCGGAAUCCAGUGAAGUGAACAAUUCCGAUGCUUUCCAAAUUAUUCAACAGCAAAAUGAGAUUAUGAUGACUAUGAUGGAAGAAUUGCGACAAGUGAAGGAGGAAGUGGAAAAACUGAAGGCUGAACCGAAAGAUGGAGAAAUUCACAAUCAGAUGAAGAUGCUGGGAGUAGAAGAUGAGAAGGGCUAA